GCACAAUUGAUGACUAUGUGCAUCGCAUUGGUCGAACCGCUCGCGGGAAAGAUGGCAAAGGACAUGCUUUGGUUUUCUUUGAGUACUGGCACAAGGAACCUGGUAUUGCUGAUGAUCUAUGCCAACUGCUGAUAGCAUCAGGGCAACCAGUGCCUGAGGACUUGAAAAGGAUAGCAGGAGAAGUAGCUGCUGGACGGCGUCAG